UAUCACACACAUCACACCAACUGAACAAUCUCUCUCUCCUUUCUUUUCUCUCUCUUCUGCAACUAUUUCAUCAUCUCCACAAGGUUCCAAAGAUAGAGAGAGAAAAUAAUGAAAAAUUAGGAAGAAUAAUUUUUAGUUGUGAUUAUUAUUAAAUUUUAUACUUUCCUUCCCAAUCCCAUAGACAUGAUUAUGAUCAAACAAACACCACAACCAAAAACCCUCAUCAUCUUCUUCUUUUUCUUAAUGGGUCUCUCUUUUUUUCUCCUCUCAAACAAACCCUUCAUCAUCUUCCAUGGCUCCUCAAAUUAACCAUUUUUCUUCUCAUAAUUUCUUCAAUAUUCAUCCAUGGCUCCCUCUCACCACAAAAACCUCCCCCUGAUCGACCAUCGUACUCGUACAACCACGGUUCUUCCCGUUCGAUUCCCGGCUCGCCGGACAUGACAAUGGUUGCUACCCUAAACCACCUCUCCAAACACCAUCCUUGCGGCGGCGCCGACCAUCUCAUGAAUGGUGGUGCUCCACUUUGUAAUCAAUAUUAUUAUUAUUAUUAUUAUUUAGGAUCUAAUCCUAAUCUAAUUUCUCUUGAUCCUCACAUGGCGGAAGAUGAUUCCACAACUAAUAGUUUUAAUGAUCAAGCCCCCUCUAAUAGAGAUGAUGGCUGGCUUCAAUUAAGUAUAGGUGGCAGCCGCGGCGGCGGUGACAGCGUAACCGGAGUAAAAUACGAUCAACGAGAGUUGAUGAUCCUCGGAAGAUCAAGCUCGGGUUUGGUGGAGCUAGAUCUAUUACCCGGUGGCGGUCGGGAAAUUCCGACGAAUUAUUCGAGGUGGGUUUCGGAUUUCUCGAGCUCUGAGACUGCGACGACAUCCAAAACGGGGACGAAGACGGAGACAGGAAUAGCCAUGCCUUUGUUUUUGGGAACUUCUAGUUCUUCCAACUUUGUACAGCAAGAGAUUAAUUGGGCAUUUAGGCCGGUGGCCGGUGUCGGAACCGGGGUCCCGUCUUCUUCCUCUCCGUCAACAUCGGCUGUGUCGUCUUCUUAUUCUCUACCGGUCAGCAGUCGUCGGAGUUCUUACUUAGGCAGGCCAUUAAUCCAAUUCCAGAGUGUCGGAGUCGACACCGCCACGGCCGGGCCGAGCUCCGACGUCAGAAUUAUAAAUCCUCCCCGCCGGCCCCAUUCUGGUAUUUGGUUUACAUUAAAAGCCUUAGAAAAUCAAGGAAAAGAGCCAAUCUUGCCUCAAAUAUCAAAAAGUUAUCUCAGAAUCAAGGAUGAAAGGAUGACAGUUGGUUUGGUAAUGAAGUAUUUGGUUAAUAAGCUCCAUCUGGAUAGCGAAUCAGAGAUAGAGAUAAGAUGUAGAGGGCAAGAGUUGCUUCCAUUUUGGACAUUGGAGUAUGUAAGAGAUAGGAUUUGGAAUACUUCUUCAUCAAACUCAAUCUUCACUUUGCUUCCUCACACCUCAACCACAAAUCACUUAAUGCUUCUUCACUAUGGAAGGAAGGAUUAAUUAAUAAUAAUAUGCCCUUCUAAUUUAUUAUUUA